AUGGCCGAGACUGACGUUCGCAGGAGGGACCAAUCCCUUCACCAUGCCGCUCUCCCCCGAACAAAUCCAGCUCAUCAAGCUACCGUGCCCGUCCUCCAGCAACAUGGCACCAACAUUACUACCGUGUUCUACGACAACAUGCUGACGGCUCACCCCGAGUUGAACGCCGUCUUCAACAACGCCAACAAGACGAACGGUCAUCAGCCCCGUGCCCUGGCCGGAGCCCUCUUUGCCUACGCGUCGCAUAUCGAUGACCUAGGAGCCCUGGGUCCCGCCGUUGAAUUGAUCUGCAACAAGCACGCAUCGCUGUAUAUCCAACCCGAUCAAUACCAAAUCGUGGGCAAGUUUCUGUUGGAGGCCAUGGGCCAGGUCCUCGGCGAUGCGCUGACCCCCGAGAUCCUCGAUGCCUGGGCGACCGCAUAUUGGCAACUCGCCGACCUGAUGAUCGGUCGCGAGGCCGAAUUGUACAAGCAGGCCGACGGCUGGACCGAAUUCCGCGACUUCCGUAUCGCAAAGAAGGUCCCUGAGUCCUCGGAGAUCACCUCGUUCUACCUCGAGCCCGUCGAUGGCAAGCCCCUCCCCAAGUUCCGCCCCGGCCAGUAUAUCUCCGUGCAGUGUCAAGAGGGAGGCAGGCUCAACACCGCCGACGCCAAUGCUCCCUCCAACCCCGGAUACGUGUCCAACAUCCUCCAUGCCAAGAUCAACGAAGGCGAUGUCGUCAAGGUCUCCCAUCCCUUCGGUGACUUCUAUCUUUCGGACGCCGAGAGCCCCAACCCCAUUGUUCUCAUCGCCGCCGGUGUGGGUCUCACCCCGCUCACCUCCAUUCUGAAGACCCUCACCUCGAACCCCCCAGAUGCCCCCCAGCGCAAGAUUCACUUCAUCCACGGUGCUCGUUCGGCCGCUGCUCGUGCCUUUAAGAAGGACAUUGACUCCCUGGCGGAGAAGUACCAGGACCUGCACGCUACAUUCUUCGAAACCCACCCCGGUGCCGAGGAGAAGCAGGGCGAGGACUACGACCACCAGGGCCGUGUUGACCUUUCCAAGCUGGACAAGUCCAAGGAUCUGUUCCUCGAUGACCCCAAGACGGAAUACUAUGUCUGCGGUCCGGACCGUUUCAUGACCUCCACGCGUGCUGCGCUGGCCGCUGCGGGUGUCAGCGAGGAUCGCAUCAAGCUGGAGCUCUUCGGUACCGGCGGUGUGCCUGUUUAG